CGAACAAGGGAGACUUUGACGUAUCAAACGUAGUUUUAAAAGAAACGUCUCAUGGAAGAAACAAUGCUUGUAAAUUGUAAACUAUCUUCUAUAACUGAGAUAAAUCCUGUCAAUUCUCAGACAGAAGAAUUUACAGGAUUUGAUGGUCAUCAAGAUCCAUAUAAGACAAAUGCAUCAUCAUCAGGAAACCAUAUUAUUCGAAGAAAAUUGACAGGUUAUGUUGGGUUUGCCAAUCUUCCGAAUCAAUGGUAUCGAAAAUCGAUUAAAAAAGGAUUUAUUUUGAACCUUAUGGUUGUUGGAGAGUCAGGGCUUGGAAAGUCGACUCUUGUGAAUACACUGUUUAAUUGUUCAUUGUAUCCUCCAAGAAAUAUUAAACCGUUAACAAAAGACCUGGAGAAAACAAUUGAAAUUAAAAGUAUUACAUCAGAGAUCGAAGAGAACGGCGUUAAAUUGAAGUUGACGGUCGUGGACACACCAGGAUUUGGUGAUUUUGUAAACAAUAAUGAUAGUUGGCAACCAAUUUUGGAGAAUAUCGAACAACGUUUUGAUGCUUAUCUUGAGGCUGAAAAUAGAGUAAGCAGGGCAAAUAUUAUAGACAAUCGUAUACAUGCUUGCAUAUUUUUUAUUGACCCUACGGGUCAUUCUCUUAAACCCUUAGAGAUUGAAUUUAUGAGGCGUCUUCACCAACGUGUUAACUUGAUUCCUGUCAUUGCUAAAAGCGAUACAUUAACAGAGCAAGAAGUAUUGAGUUUUAAAAAAAGGAUAUUGAGCGAUAUUGCUUUUCACGAAAUUGAAAUCUUUAGGCCUCCUAAUUAUGAAUACGAUGAUGAAGAAACACUUAACGAAAAUAAUGAAAUUGCUUCAAAAAUUCCUUUUGCUAUUGUAGGAAGCAAUUAUGAAGUAACAACAUCUUCCGGUCAUACAGUAAGAGGUAGAAAAUAUCCGUGGGGAGUAAUUGAAGUGGAAAAUGAAAAUCAUUGCGAUUUUAUUAAAUUACGUCAGAUGCUUAUUCGGACACACAUGGAGGAUUUAAAAGAAUAUACUAAUGAUGUGCUAUAUGAAAAUUAUAGGACAGAUAAAUUGUUACAAAUGGGGGUUGCACAAGAUUCUAGUGUAUUUAAAGAAGUAAACCCUUCUAUUAGACAAGAAGAAGAAAGACAGCUUCAUGAAGCUAAAUUAUUAAAAAUGGAAGCAGAAAUGAAACUCGUUUUUCAACAAAAAGUUCAAGAAAAAGAAAAUAAAUUAAAACAGUCUGAAGAGGAAUUGUAUGCUCGACAUCGAGAAAUGCGUGAUGCUUUGCAACAACAACGUGCAGAACUUGAGGAGAAGAAAUCUCGAUUAGAAUCAGGCCGUUUUACGGAGGAAAAAGGAAAAAGAAAAGGGUUCGGCUUAGUAAGAUAA